UUUGUAGUGAAUACCAGAGAUGGGGUUUAAGCCAAUAGACUGGUAUUGUCGACCAGAAGCUAAUGGGGUAUGGGCCAAAGCAGUCAGUGCUUUUGGCUCAUACACUCCCUGUGCAAUGGACUCUAUGGUCAUCUGCAUUUCUCAUUUAGUUAUUUUCAGCCUGUGCUGCUAUCGAAUAUGGAUGAUCAAGAAGAAUUUGAAAUCCCGGAGGUUCAGGUUGAGGUCAAAUUACUAUAACUACUUGUUGGGUUUGUUGGCUGGUUACUCCACUGCUGAGCCUCUACUGAGGUUGGUGAUGCGUUUAUCACUUUUUAACCCGUCUGGCUUUGCUCCUUUUGAGAUGACUUCUUCAAUCAUUGAAGCUCUUGCUUGGUGCUCUAUGCUAAUAUUGAUUGGCUUGGAAACUAAGAUAUACAUUCGGGAAUUCCGAUGGUACGUAAGGUUUGGAGUCCUUUAUGUCUUGGUAGGAUAUGCCAUGGUGCUAAAUCUUAUUCUUGGAGUGACAGAUUCCUACAGUGGAUCUGCUCUGUACCUGUAUAUAAGCACUAUCUGUUGCCAGGUGUUGUUUGGAAUUCUACUUCUCUUCUAUGUUCCCAGUUUGGAUCCUUAUCCUGGCUACGUUGUUUUGCAAUCUGAGUCACUUGACAAUGCUGAAUAUGAAGCACUACCAGGAGAAGAUCAAAUCUGCCCUGAACGGCAUGUUAAUAUAAUUUCCAGAAUAUAUUUUGGAUGGAUGACUCCACUUAUGCAGCUGGGCUACAGAAAACCCAUCACUGAAGCAGAUGUUUGGAAGUUGGACACAUGGGAUCAGACACAGACAUUGAUUAAAAGGUUUCAGGAAUGUUGGGUUGAAGAAUCUCAGAGGUCCAAGCCAUGGCUUCUGAGAGCACUGCAUUGUAGCCUUGGACGAAGGUUCUGGUUGGGAGGCUUUUUCAAGAUUGGCCAGGAUCUGUCUCAGUUAUCGAGUCCCAUUCUAUUAAAUCAUCUCUUGCAGUCAAUGCAGCGAGGUGAUCCAGCUUGGAUUGGUUAUAUAUAUGCCUUCUUAAUUUUCAUUGGGGUGUCAUUUGGUGUGCUCCCUGCAUCGCAGUGUUACCAGAAUCUUCAGCGAGUCGGCUUUCGGUUGAGAUCAACUUUGGUAGCUGCUAUAUUCCGUAAAUCUAUAAGAAUAACACAUGAGGGCCGUAAGAAGUUCCCAACUGGGAAGAUAACAAAUAUGAUAUCUACAGAUGCUGAUGCACUCCAGCAAAUAGCCCGAAACCUUCACGGACUAUGGUCUGCUCCUUUUCGUAUCAUUGUAGCUAUGGUUCUUCUUUACCAACAAUUAGGUGUUGCAUCGCUUAUUGGAUCCUUGAUGCUAGUUCUCGCAAUCCCCAUCCAGACAACGAUGUUCAGCAAAAUGCGGAAACUGACAAAGGAUGGACUGCAACAGACUGACAAGAGAGUUAGCCUCAUGAAUGAAAUUUUAGCUGCCAUGGACACUGUGAAAUGUUAUUCCUGGGAGACAAGUUUCCAGCAGCAAGUUCAAAAUAUACGAAAUGAUGAGCUUUCAAGGUUCUGUAAAGCGCAAUUACUAUCUGCUUUGAACAGUUUUAUACUCAACAGCAUCCCAGCUGUUGUGACAGUAACUUCAUUUGGGGCGUUCACUUUCCUUGGAGGCGAAUUGACACCUGCAAGGGCAUUUACAUCGCUUUCUCUUCUUGCAGUGCUACGCUUCCCUUUAGAAAUGCUGCCCAACUUAUUAAUUCAGGUUGUAAAUGCAAAUGUAUCCUUACAGCGUUUGGAGGAACUAUUUUUAACUGAGGAGAGAAUUCUAGUACCCAACCCUCCUCUGGAACCUGGGCUUCCAGCAAUCUCAAUUCAAGAUGGAUACUUUUCAUGGGAUUCAAAGUAUUGUCUACCUUUGAUCAUGCCCAAGUAUUCAUGUCUUGCAGUAACGCUUUAA